AUGAAGGCGGCACGGCUGUAUGGCGCCAAAGACGUUCGCGUCGAAGAGGUCAGCGACCUGCCACUGUCCGGGCCCAACGCCGUGGUGGAGGUAGAGUGGUGUGGCAUCUGUGGCAGUGACUUGCAUUUCUAUCUCGGAGGUGGCGUCAGCGGCGUGGAACUCCAAGACAAAUGCAUCAUGGGACACGAGAUAUGCGGACGGGUGGUGUAUGCGCCCCCAGGAUCGCCCGUCGAGCAGGGCCAAGCCGUCAUGGUCGACCCCCGGAUCUACUGCACCAGCUGCUCGAACUGCACCAAGUCGCGCACUAACGGCUGCAACGUGCUCCGUGGACUGGGCGUCAUCGGCUCCUCUGGCGGACUGUCAGAGCGAGUCUUGGUGCGACCCAGCAUGCUCUACGCGUUGCCCGACUCGGUGGACCUGAGCACGGCCGCCCUGAUCGAGCCGUUGGCCGUGGCGAUGCACGGGGUCAAGCUGUCCGGCAUCCUCCAGGGCGACAGGGACGCCGCCACGGCCCUGAUCCUCGGCGGCGGUCCCGUCGGCAUUGGCGUCGUGCAGGUCUUGCGGGCCUUUGGGGUCACCAAGAUUCUGGUCUCGGAGCCCUCGACCGCACGCAGGGAAUAUGUCCAGCGGUUCGGCGUCACGGCCUUCGACCCGCUCGCUGUCGACGUCAAGACCGAGUCCCUGGCUGCGACGGGCCAGAGGGGCGUCGACGUCGUCUUUGACUGUGCCGGCGCCGCUGCGGCCCUGAAAGACGGACUCGGCAGUCUCUGCUUCGGCGGGCGCUACGUGAAUCUCGCGCUGUGGGAGACGGAGAUUCCUCUCUCCCUCACGGAACUCACACGCCGCGAGAUCCACCUCGUCGGAUCGUGUGCCUACGACGACUCGGAUUUCAAGGAGACGGUCGAUGCUCUCAUUGAAGGUAAAUUCACCGACUUGUCCAGUAUGGUCACGGCGCGGAUUCCCCUCGACGACAUUGUCACAAAGGGACUCAAUGCCUUGCUCGAGGAAGGGGAGAAGCAUAUCAAGAUCAUGGUCAAUCCCAAAUUGUAG